AUGGCGGCCGCGGGCUUGGUCGCUGUUGCAGCGGCUGCUGAGUACUCUGGCCCAGUGGCAUCGGGUGGUAACCUUUCCGGUGUUAACUGCGGCCCGAGCCUCGGGGCGGGCUCCGGUCCUGGCCCAGGCUCGUGGAGCCGCUCCCUCGAUCGAGCCCUGGAGGAAGCGGCAGUAACCGGGGUGCUGAGCCUGAGCGGCCGGAAACUGAGGGAGUUUCCCCGGGGAGCGGCCAACCACGACCUGACGGACACCACCCGGGCGGAUCUGUCACGAAACCGCCUCUCAGAAAUUCCUAUAGAAGCAUGUCACUUUGUUUCUCUCGAAAAUCUCAACUUAUAUCAAAAUUGUAUUCGGUAUAUCCCAGAGGCGAUUCUAAACCUGCAGGCCCUAACAUUCUUAAAUAUUAGUCGGAACCAACUGUCAACAUUGCCAGUACACUUGUGUAAUUUACCAUUGAAAGUUUUAAUUGCUAGUAAUAACAAAUUGGUAUCACUUCCAGAAGAAAUUGGACAUCUCAGACAUUUGACAGAACUUGAUGUGAGCUGCAAUGAAAUUCAAACUAUACCUUCCCAGAUUGGUAAUCUGGAGGCCUUGAGAGACCUUAAUGUGAGAAGAAAUCACUUAGUACGUUUGCCUGAAGAGCUGGCGGAGUUACCUUUGAUACGGUUAGACUUCUCAUGCAAUAAAAUUAUAGCAAUCCCUGUUUGUUAUCGGAAUCUUAGGCACCUACAAGUGAUCACCCUAGAUAACAAUCCACUGCAGUCACCUCCUGCACAGAUAUGUAUAAAAGGCAAAAUCCACAUAUUUAAAUUCCUGAACAUACAAGCUGGUAAGCUUGCUCCAGAUCUGCCAGAUUAUGAUAGGAGACCCUUGGGUUUUGGCUCCUGCCAUGAAGAACUAUAUUCAGGUCGCCCUUAUGGAGCCCUUGAUUCAGGUUUCAAUAGUGUGGACAGUGGUGAUAAGAGAUGGUCAGGGAAUGAGCCUACAGAUGAAUUUUCAGAUCUGCCUCUCCGAGUAGCAGAGAUUACUAAAGAACAAAGACUACGACGAGAAAGCCAAUACCAAGAGAAUCGCAACAGUUUAGUAGUAACAAAUGGUGGAGUGGAACAUGAUCUGGAUCAAAUUGACUACAUUGACAGCUGUACUGCAGAGGAAGAAGAGGACGAGGUGAAACGAUCCAAGGGACUGGACUCAGAGAGCCUCAGUUCACAGUUUAUGGCAUAUAUUGAACAACGGCGAGUCUCUCAUGAGUGUUCACCAGUAAAGACAAGUGCCAUUAGGGAGUUUCAAAAAACAGAAGACAUGAGAAGAUAUUUACAUCAAAACAGGGUUCCAGUUGAGCCAUCUUCUCACUUAUCACUAUCACCAAGUCACAAUCAGCUGUCAUAUACAGACUUGGAACUUCAUCGGAGAAAAGAACAAUUAGUAGAGCGCACUAGGAGAGAAGCACAGCUUGCUGCCCUGCAAUAUGAGGAGGAGAAAAUAAGGACUAAGCAGAUUCAGAGAGAUGCUGUCCUGGAUUUUGUCAAGCAAAAAGCAUCACAAAGUCCACAAAAGCAACAACCCCCCACAGAUGGUGAGUGUUCCUUCCCAUCCAGAAGGUCUCAACACACUGAUGAUAGUGCCUUGUUAGUGUCGCUGUCAGGGUUGAAUCAAGUGGGCUGUGCUGUUACCCUGCUUCAUUCUUCUGCCUUCACGCCUCUUAAGAGUGAUGACAGAUCUACUGCCAUUUCAAGUUCACCUACAACAGAAACAGUUCAUCAUUCCCCUGCAUAUUCUUUUCCUGCUACUAUCCAGAGAAAUCAACCCCUGCGCCCUGAAAGUUUCCUUUUCCGAGCAGCUGUCAGGGCAGAAACAAAUAAAGGCCAUGCUUCUCCUCUCCCAUCUUCUGCACCUACCACUGAUUCUACAGAUCCCAUAUCAAGGCAGAGAGAAGAAGAGCUGAAAUUAAUAGAACAACUACGAAAACAUAUAGAGUACCGACUAAAAGUAUCUCUGCCUUGUGAUCUUGGAGCAGCUCUAACUGAUGGUGUUGUUCUUUGCCAUUUGGCCAAUCAUGUGCGUCCUCGAUCUGUCCCAAGCAUUCAUGUUCCCUCACCAGCUGUGCCUAAAUUAACAAUGGCAAAAUGCAGGCGAAAUGUGGAGAAUUUCCUAGAAGCUUGCAGAAAAAUUGGUGUACCUCAGGACAUUCUUUGUUCCCCUUCCGACAUCCUUCAGCUAAAUCUCAGCGUUAAAAGAACUGUUGAAACACUACUUUCUCUUGGGGCACAUUCAGAAGAAUCCAGUUUUGUCUGUCUGUCUAUCCAACUUCUGGGCUUUGUGGCAUUUUAUUGUACUUUAAUGUUAACUCUCUGUAUGCUUUAUUACUGGGUCCUCCCCCUGUAGCUGAAAGAUUGUAUUCCAGUGAUUCUCCACUUCAUUCCUGUACUUGGCAAAGGAGGUUUGUUGCUCACGAAGACACAUUAUUUACAUAUUUCUCCCUGCCCUGGCCUUCAGAGAGCUAACCUUAGUAGAUAAGUCCUUCCAGGUCCAGGUGAGCAGCCUGUCACCUUAGUAAGCAUUAAUGAUGGCUAACAGUGAAUAAAGGACUAGCAUUUUCUUUCCUGGUCAUUUAUCCAUUCUCCUGCCCUGUGGCCUUGUUUCUCUUAUCAUAAAUGCCAGUGCAUUUAUACUAAUUCAAUCCUGAUUCUGUGGUUAGAAAUGUGAGACACAGAACUUUAUCUCCAAAUGACAAAAUAAAAUGUCCAUCUGGCCAUUUUUCCAUACUUAACACUACUUGAGUAUUAAAACUGUGAGUUACUGAGCAUGAGGAAAACAGUGGCACCCUUCUGGAUUGGGGGCACCUUGUCACUUAUAUUACAACCCCAAAAUCCUGAAUUUGCCCUUAAAGAUCUUUCUAUGGCUAUAAUUUCUGGACAUUGGAAGGUGCUAGCCAUGUAAUGUUAAUAAUUUUAAUUUGGUCAUAAUGUUCAGUUUAAAGAUCAUAUAGGUCCCUAAAUUGCUGUUCUGAGCCAAAUAUGUAUAUAUGCAGUACACAUCAAGCAGGAGUAGAUACUUGUCCACAGUAACUUUGCUUGUUAAAUGUAACCAAAGUUCACUUCUAGAACGCUAUUUGGGAUUUAUGUAAAUUCUAAUAUAUUUGAACCAUCCUUAUAGGUGAAUUUGUAUAUAGGCUGUUGGGGAGAUUAAAUUGAAGCAUUUGGCAGGUAAAGUAUUCAGCUGCAGUCUUUGUUCUGUGCCCCCAUCAAUAAAUAUUGUCUCUCUUUCAGAAUACUUAGUAUAUGAGCUAAUAGACCUUAUUCAGAUUCUAAUUCUCAUAAUGGUGUUUCUGAACCUUCAGAAAUCUUCUGAACUCUGUUAACAAAAGUAUGAAGGGAGAUUGCAAGGAAUGUAACAUGCUGCUGAAGAAUUCAGCCUGUGGGUCUGAUUGCUUGGUUUUCUUCCACAUUAAAUAGGGCAGUUAUUUUAACACUUUUAAAGACCGUGUAAUGUUAAUACCGAAAUAUUGAACACUGUGAUAACCUCAGUUUUCUACAGUAGUGCCUUCCAGAGUUGGGGGGUUAGUUUGGGCUUGUUUUAUAUUUAAGAUGUCUUAGUCAAUGAUUAUUCUCAGAGUUUUGUCCCUUUAAAAAAAUCACCUGUUAAAAAAACACACAUGCUCAUGUGUGGUUUAGGAAAUCAGUUGUGUAUUGUCUUGAGAACACACACCAUUCCCUCUAAGCAGCUGGAAGUUAGUUGUGUGUCUAGAAAGCAUGAGCCACUAAAAGUGUGAACCAUGGGGCCGUACAGGUUACAUACAGAGUGCUGCUGACAAGAGAGCCCCUAAACAGUCCUGAAGGAAAUGCUUUUCCAGAAGCUAAAACACCAUGCAAGUUCAUUUUUAAACACAGCUAAUCCAUACUUGCAGUCCUUUUCAAAGUAUUUCUACAAAGUUGCUAAGUUCUAUUCAGUCAAAAGAUUACAAUUACCUUGUUUUUAUUAAAAUAUUUAAAAAAGAAAGUAAUUAUGGAGCACAAGUACCUAUAACUGCCUCAAAAAUAAAUACUUACUAUAUAUUUUAUUACCACUGGUUUUUUAAAAUAUUCUAGUAAUAUAGUGAGUGCCAAUGGAAAGCAGAGAAAAAUCCUGUUAUUUUCUUUAAUAAAUACUAUAACUUCUCUUUUAAUGGAACCAGAAUUCUUUUUUUG